CUCGGAGGCGCGUUCUGGGGGCUGCCGCCGGAUCCGACUGCGGAAGUGCCUGUUUUGCGGAACGAAUAAUAUUUCUGAACGAAUGUAUAGAUUUACUAUAUUUCUCAACAUUAAAUCUGAAGCCCAAGUACUGAAAUCGAAGGUUUAACCGAGGGUUCCGAACGAAGGAUUCUGUGGUUGAAAUGUAAACAGAGAAGAAGAAGAAGAAGAGGAGGAAGAAGAGAGAGUGCAAGUGACACUUUUUCAUCUCGCAGGUACGACCCGCACGCUUCUGGGUCCUCGUGCACAGACUAAGGGCACCGGCAGGGGUUGCAAGCGCAGGGGCACAGCAGACGAGGCCUUUGGGCGUCCGGGAAGCUCAGGUGAUCAAGUAUUGAGCACACUGAAAGAGGAUGAUUGAGGUGGAAAUAAGUCAACACUAAAAAGGAUCAAAUAGAUUGCUGUUUCCUUUCAUUUCCACCGUUCAGGGCAUGUAGGUAUUCGUAGAUAUUUUGCAUUAUAUAAAGAAAAUAACGAGAAAAUUCCACAAAUGUAGAGAAAUAUUGGAGUCUCCAUAAAGCAUGUCAGCAACUUGAGUGUAUGCCAAGUUAAAAAGAAAGAAAAACAAUUGACAAUGCAUCCAUUGAGGACCAGACAAGCAAGGAAAUGACCAGUGGAAAAGAACCUUUCCCUAGACAUGAGAACUGCAGAAAGAACUAGAUAGUUUACUGCUGAGUGCUAUAUUGGGAGUGAUGUAGAGUACCACUGGUUCACCCAAGAUGCGGAACAGUUCGUAUGGAAGGCUGAGUGCUGGGGGGGGAGGCCAGUCCAUGGUGCCUGGGAGCUGCAUCCUACGCAUGUCAAGGGUAGUGCCCCUCAUCCUGCUCAUCCUGAUUAUUGCUCCUCUCUGUGCUCACUACUACCUCUCAAAGGUUGGAAGUGAUGUAUCUCUGGGCCAUGAAAGACAUCUGUUGCUGGACUCAAAUGACCCUCUGGCAGACCUCUCGGGCCUCAAGUGUGACAAUGCCAAGGCAAGAGUGCAAGAACUUCUUUCAAUCAAAGCAUCUGUCCUUAAUGAGCUCCGAGAUCUGGAGCAGCAUCGCCAGCAACUACAGGAAAAUAUAGCAUUAGCCACAGCCCGAGUGGAGAGCCUUCGACAGGAAGAAGGUCGGAUCAAGACAGAGCUUGAGAGGCUCAAGACUAGUGUUGAACAGGCUCUCCUUGCACAAAGAGAAGUGUUUGAGAAGAACAUGCCACACAUUGUAGCUCCUAAGAGGAUCACUGCGACCCAUGAGAACAGCAUCCGUCUUCCGACACCAAGUGCCCAGAGCGUUGCUCAGUGUCGUAUGCAUAACUGCUUUGAUUACUCAAGGUGUUCAGUGCUAUCAAAUUUUCCUGUGUACCACUAUGAUGUGGAUCAAUAUAGAAUAUCCACCAGUGAUUUGGAAGUCUUUGUGAAAACAACAGUUAGACAAGCACUUGGUUAUAAUGCUCAUAUUACUAUGGAUCCUGAUGAGGCUUGCAUAUUUGUAGCCUUAGUAGGUGAAAGCAUAGGUUCUUCUGUGGAUAAAGUUAAUCUUGAGGAAAACCUGCAUAGUCUCCCCUACUGGAAUGGUGAUGGUCGAAACCAUGUUCUCUUGAAUCUCGGCCGCACAAUCUACAGCAGGAAUGUCUUUGAUGGUGUAAACACAGGUCGAGCUCUCACAGUGCAGGCCCAUUUCUACUCUCACUUAUACCGCCCAGGUUUCGACAUAGUUGCCCCACCGCUGCUUGGCCUUCCUGGGGGAGACCUUUGGCACAAUCUUCCUCCAAUGGUUCCUUCCAAGAGAAGGUACUUGUUAUCCUUCCAGGGGGAACUACCAAGGCUAAGAAACUACCUAGAUAAGGAAGAGCAGCCUCCUUCAAACAAUCCAAGCAUGAGGGAGGAAGUUGCUGUGGUGGAGGAAUUGAUGCAGCUUGAGAAGACUCGCACAGAUGACCAGUUUCUCCUGCAGUUUACAUGUCAAGGUAGUGGUGGGUAUGGUGACCUGGAGGAGUGGCAGAUUUGUGAGACUGAAUCAAUGAGGACUCAAGUGUUGCGAGAUUCUACCUUUACUUUAGUGUUGGCCCCUCCAAACCCAACAGAAAUAUCUACUGUUACUUUCCAAGCAAGAAUGUUUGAAGCCUUGAAAUAUGGGGCAGUUCCAGUCAUUCUUGGGAAUCAUGUGGAAUUUCCUUUGAGUGAGACCAUUGACUGGCGUAAGUUGGCACUCACUUUUCCGAAAUCACGAGUUACGGAAGUACACUUCUUGCUUCGCUCACUGUCGGAUGCUGAUAUUCUCUACAUGCGUCGCCAAGGGCGGCUGGUUUGGGAGAGAUUCUUAGGGUCCACACAAGUCCUUGUUGACUCCAUACUUGCUAUCCUAAGGGAAAGACUGAACAUUCCUCCCCUUGCUGCUGCUGAUGAACCUUCGCAGAGUGUCUUCAAUGAUUCGUUUGUGCCACUGAAGACUGAGGCAGAUAUUCCAGACCCUGACACAGAUGAGAACUUGGGCCCCAUAGAGCCACCUUUCCCCUCAGUCUCCUUCACCCGAAACUACACCAUCUCCCUCCUGACGGGUUAUGAGUUGUGGAAUGUAUGGGGGGAUCCCUUCAAUCUAUACCCUAAUCUCCCCAACAACCCAAUACUUCCUACUGAGGCCAAGUUCUCGGGCUCACAGUUAGGAUUCAGGCCGAUUAACUCUGGUUCUGGGGGCUCAGGAAAGGAAUUCAGCGAGAGCCUUGGUGGAAACCUGCCAAGGGAGCAGUUCACCAUUGUUAUGCUGACAUAUGAGAGAGAGCAGGUGUUGCUGAAUUCCUUGGCUCGCCUCUAUGGCCUUCCGUACCUGAACAAAGUCAUAGUGGUCUGGAAUUCCCCUAAGCCUCCGCCAGAAGACCUACGUUGGCCAGACAUAAAGGUCCCUGUGCAGGUGAUAAGAGCUGAACGCAAUAGCCUCAACAACAGGUUUCUGCCAUACUCUGAGAUUGAGACAGAGGCUGUCCUUUCUGUUGAUGAUGAUGCCCAUCUGAGGCAUGAUGAGAUUGUUUUUGGCUUCAGGGUUUGGAGGGAGGAGAGAGAACGCAUUGUGGGCUUUCCAGGACGCUACCAUGCCUGGGACCUGAACUAUGGGGGCUGGCUGUACAACUCCAACUACUCCUGUGAACUCUCAAUGGUUCUUACAGGAGCAGCCUUCUUCCACAAAUACUAUGCCAACAUGUACUCCCACGUCAUGCCACAGGCAAUAAGAGAUAAAGUUGAUGAAUACAUGAACUGCGAGGACAUUGCCAUGAACUUCCUUGUGUCUCAUAUCACUAGGAAGCCACCAGUCAAGGUGACAUCUCGAUGGACUUUCCGAUGCCCAGGCUGCCCUGUGUCUCUCUCUGAAGAUGACUCACACUUUACAGAGAGGCAUAAAUGCAUAAACUUCUUUACUCAGGUUUAUGGCUACAACCCACUCCUGAAUACCCAGUAUCGUGUGGAUUCUGUUCUCUUCAAGACGAGGCUUCCACAUGACAAACAGAAAUGCUUUAAAUUUAUUUAAAUUCUCUCUCUCUCUUUUUCUUUUAUCGUUACUUCUUAUGUAGAAGGUAAUAUUUCAGGGUAGCUUUUUAGAGGUAAUGAUUAAUGAAUUUAAUAACUUCCCUCUUUAUUUAAGCAGAUUACUAUGCUUUAAGUUUUUAAUUGUCAUCCUUUUUUUUCUCUGUGCAGUCUUGAUUUUGCUUGCCAGUCUGUACUGGAAAUUAAUGAUGUAUAAGAUUUUUAAAAAGAGCUUCAAAGAAGUUUAUAUAUAUGCUAAAUAAGACUUGUUAUUUGUUAUUGCAGACAUUUUAAGACUUUUUAUCUUGUGACAAUAAACAUGACUUCCCCCCCCUAAUAUCUGACAGGAAUUGCUAUAUUAGCACUGAUGCCUAGAGAGAACAACGGACACAUAGAGCGAUCAAAAGCACAUGGGUGGUGGUUACAAUAUUAUUAUGUUAUUUCACCCUGUUUUUCUUUUGUAGAUGCAGGGAACAGAAAAUCUUUGAGACACUUGAAUUAGUUUUCUAGCCAUUGUUGUGUACAUAUUUGGCAGUGUGUAUGAUAUAGAUUUAAUAAUGUUUAGAUAGCAUAUGGCUCUGCCUUGUUCAGUAUGUAGCAAUGACCUCAUGAGUAGAGCUGUUCUGCAUUUAGUAAAAUAUAUAUUUAUUGCUGAAAAAAGAGAAUAAUAUUGCUGGGAAGUUUACUUUAGAGAAUAUGAAUCAACUGUUACAGUAAUAAGAGAUUAAUUAACUGUUAUACAUGCUUUGGCAAUGAAGGAUAGGAAAGAGGGGAGAAUAUUUUCCUAAUCUCCAGUUUUCCCUGCAGGUGUACGAGACACUAGAAUAUUGUUUUAACAUGAGUGCUAUUGAAAGAGAGUGUUUGGAAUGUGUAUUAAUGAAUGGAAAGUGGGAUAUAAGUCCUUUUAUCUCUUUUUGUUUUAACACUGAUAAAAUUGGAGUGUGUGUCAAAACUUAGGACCAUGCAGGAUGUGAGUAUAGUAUGGUUAUAUUUUUGUAAAAGAAAUAACAAACUAUAUGAUUAGGAAUUAUUGGCCAAAUAUCAUUAAGAAUUGGUUAAGGUCAUUUGUUAAUUCACACUUUAUAAAUAAUAAUAAUUAAAUAAUUAAAUUUUGCACUGCUGGUUAAAGUAUGUAUACCUGUUGAUGCCUAUAUGGUAUAUCCACUGUGAUUUUAGUUUAGUAAUUUUGUUUACACAUAUAUGGCUCCAUGAGAGCUUAGUCACCAAAGAUUCAGUUACUAGUCCUACCUGAUACACCCCUUUACCUUCUUUUUUUUCAGAGAGAUUCUUUAUAGUAGUGUAAUGUCAGUAAUAGUAGUAAUGUCAAUGAUAGUAAUGACAGUAUCAAUAUUAAUAGCAUUGAAAAAAAGAUUCAUGAAAACUCAUGGAAAGGGAAAAUCCAGUGAGUUCAGGGAGGCCUGCUGAUUGACUCCUUGAUGACUGAGUGCUUGUGGAGUUCUCUAUGUGUAAAAAAUAAAAAAAGAAACAAAACUGAAGUGGACAGGGCAAUUAGCUACACCAUUGGUUUAAAAUAAGUGAGGAAUGAAAUGAAAGAGAAGAUGAAAAGGUGAAGAACAAGAAGUGUUUAAAGCAAAAGUAAUUUUUUAGGCUUUGAGGAGAUGUCUGUGUAGCAUAAAUGAUAAGUUUUAUUUUCUUAUUAUAUUUUAAGUUCUAAUGCAUUUGCAGUAGGUGUUGUACCUGCACAUUUCUUUAUUAUUUGGUUUCAUAAUCUUUCCCUUUUCUCUUCUAUACUCCUGCUUCAAUUACAAAGAACUUUUUCAUCUUGUGGUAUGUGUUGUAUUCCUAUUGAUAAAUGCUACUUUCCCAAGUAACCAGUGUUUGUAUGUAAGUUUUGUCUUUUGAGUGAAGUUGACUGUUGCUGAUGGACAAGGUCAUCUUUGAUAGUUUUAUUUUUCUACUUCCAUUUUUUUUUUCUUAAUUUCAUUUUUACUUGAGAGGUUUAAUUUCUGGGCAUUGAGUGGAAAGUCUAGUGUUAGAAAUUUUGAAAUAAUGAGUGUUUGAAUAAAACUUUAUUCUGUGA